UCUUGCUUUAUAGUACUUGUAUUUCUUUAGUUUUGCGGGUCUUCUCAUCUUUCUCUCACGUCGUUUUUAGUCUUUUUAAAACCAUAGCGCACUCACCAUUUUCUCAGAACUCCAUAAGAACAAAAAGCUGAAAAAGCUUACACCACCACUCUCUUCUCUUUCUCUUCUCUCCUUCUUCUUUCUCACUCACUUGUUUUAGUUUAUUGAUUUCUUCCAUAAUCAAUCUUCUAAUUAAGCUACAAAACAAAACAAGACAUUCUUGGGAAGCAUACCCUUAAAUUCUAUUCCAUUUUCAGGUCCUAGGGUUUCACACACACCACGUAAGGAAAACAUCUCUCCUUGUUUCCUGCUUUUUGUGUUUUCCAUUUUCACACUUGACAAUAGAACAAAUGCUGCAGUAUUGAAAAAGGUUACACUACCACUACACAAAACUAAUAACCUAGCUGAAAAAAGAAAAGAAUCUUAGACAUGGCUGGUAAUUGUUCAGAAGGAUUAGGUGAUGAUUUCUUUGAGCAGAUCUUAGCAGUGCCUGAGAACGGAGUUGGAUAUGGAGGAGUGUUGCAAUUAGGGUCCACACCUCAUGGUGGUUCUUUGAGAGGAGGAGGAGGAGGAAUAAUGCCAUUAGGGUUGAAUUUGGAGCAAAAUCAUCAUGGGUUUCUCAGGCAGCAUCAAGAUGGAACACGGUUUGUUGAUAACGUUGUUGAUGUUGAAGGAAAUAUUACCAAUAACAACAACAACAACCAUCAUCAUCUUCGUCUACAUGAUAUCAAUAAUCAUAACAACAACAACAAUAUCACUUCUUCUUCACCUUCUUCUACCCCGGGAAUCACUGAUAGGGAUUCGAUGCAGAUGAGGGGUUUGUUUUCAACGUUUGGACAAUUGCAUACUCCUACUCAUGCUCAACCUGUACGCCCCAUGCUCCAAUCUCCACCUCCUCAACCCCAACUCCACCUUCACCAUCAACACCAACAGCACUUUCAGAGCCAGCAACCAAAUCCAGCGUCAGUUACUGCCAUGCCACAACCACCUGGCAUCCGUCCUCGAGUGCGAGCAAGAAGAGGCCAAGCCACAGACCCCCACAGCAUUGCUGAGCGGCUGCGUCGUGAAAGAAUCGCUGAAAGAAUGAAGGCAUUACAGGAAUUAGUUCCCAGCAUCAACAAGACUGACAAAGCGGCGAUGCUUGAUGAAAUUGUUGAUUAUGUGAAGUUCCUUAGGCUCCAAGUUAAGGUCUUGAGCAUGAGUAGACUUGGUGGAGCUGGUGCAGUUGCUCAGCUUGUAGCUGAUGUUCCCGUUUCUGCAGUGGAGGGGGAGGACAUAGAAGGUGGAACCAACCAGCAAGCCUGGGCGAAGUGGUCGAACGAUGGAACAGAACAACAAGUUGCCAAACUUAUGGAAGAAGAUGUUGGUGCAGCUAUGCAACUUCUUCAAUCCAAGGCACUUUGCAUAAUGCCUAUAUCUCUAGCAUCAGCAAUUUUUCGUAUGCCUCAAUCAGACUCAUCAACAAUCAUCAAGCCUGAAUCAAACAACCACACAUAGAAUGUUACUCCUAGUAGCUAACAAAAAAAAAUGUCUCACCACAAACUUGACAUAAAUUUGCUCCAAUAUUUCUCCCUACUUUUUCAUAAGGUUAAUUAUUUUACUUAUAUUUUAAUAGUAGUAUAUGUUGGUAUCACGGUGGUUAUGUGAGAAAUACGGUGAUCCACCGUGAUUUUGCAAAUUUGUAUAACUUUUAAAAAAUCACGGUGAGUCUCCGUGAUUCUGUCAUAUCCGCCGUGAUACCAAACAUAUAUUUAUUUUUUCAAGUUUUGUCAAACUAGGAGUAGUUGUCAUUGCUAAUAAUAAGUGAAAUUAGAGGAGCCCAGUAUGUCAUUGUCAUGGUGAAAAAUCAAAUAUUUUCAAUGACCCUAUUGAAUUUUUUUCCUCCAAAUAUCUAUGGUGGGGUUGGUGGUGUAUUACCAAAAUAUUUUAUCGUUAGUGGAAGCGCUCUUUUUCUAAGCUUUUUGUUUUUUGAGUCAGUGGAAAGUGGGGACAUUUAAAAGGAAAGGAUAUAAGCUUGUAAUGUAUCAUGUAUUUGGAGAAAUUUUAAUGCAAGUUGACUUAAAA